CGCUGACGUCACGGUGACGUCACGGUUGAUCCACAUCCACAGCAGCAGGAGGGGCGAGGUGUCCGAGCCGCUGAUCCGCCGGUAUCAUGGCGUCCUAGCAGGAGGGGAAACAAGGAUCCUUCAUCGCUGAUCAGAUAUCAAGAGAAACACCAGAUCGUCUCGGGGCUCGGCCUCCAACAACAACAACAACAACAACACAUUUUACUCUGUAAUACUCGUGUUUUUUUCUUUCUUCCCGGUGAAUCUUCCGUCCGUGUGAAGAUGGCCGACCCGGCGGAGUGCACCAUCAAAGUCAUGUGUCGCUUCAGGCCCCUCAACAGCUCCGAGGUGACCCGAGGCGACCGCUACAUCCCCAAGUUCCAGGGCGAGGAGAACGUCAUCAUCGCGGGCAAACCGUACAUGUAUGACAGAGUCUUCUCGUCAAAUACAACACAGGAACAAGUGUACAAUGCCUGCGCCCAGAAGAUUGUAAAAGAUGUUCUGGAUGGAUACAAUGGGACGAUUUUUGCGUACGGGCAGACAUCAUCUGGCAAAACACACACCAUGGAGGGGAAUCUCCAUGACACAGAUGGAAUGGGCAUCAUCCCCAGGAUAGUUCAAGAUAUCUUCAACUAUAUCUAUUCCAUGGAUGAAAACUUGGAGUUUCAUAUCAAAGUUUCAUAUUUUGAAAUUUACUUAGACAAGAUCCGGGAUCUUUUGGAUGUGUCGAAGACCAAUUUGUCAGUGCAUGAAGACAAAAACAGAGUACCAUAUGUCAAGGGCUGCACUGAGAGAUUUGUCUGCAGCCCAGAUGAGGUCAUGGAUACAAUUGAUGAAGGCAAAUCAAACAGACAUGUAGCAGUCACAAACAUGAACGAGCACAGCUCCAGGAGUCACAGUAUCUUCCUGAUAAACGUCAAACAGGAGAACACUCAGACGGAGCAGAAGCUCAGCGGCAAACUCUACCUGGUGGAUCUGGCUGGCAGUGAAAAGGUCAGUAAAACAGGAGCAGAGGGAGCCGUGCUGGACGAAGCCAAGAACAUCAACAAGUCUCUGUCGUCUUUGGGAAAUGUCAUCUCUGCUCUGGCAGAAGGAACGGCCUACAUCCCCUACAGAGACAGCAAGAUGACCCGUAUCCUGCAGGACUCGCUGGGUGGUAACUGUCGAACCACCAUCGUCAUCUGCUGCUCGCCCUCUUCCUAUAAUGAGUCCGAAACCAAAUCCACCCUCAUGUUCGGACAAAGAGCUAAGACCAUCAAGAACACUGUCACAGUGAACGUCGAGCUGACAGCAGAGCAGUGGAAGCAGAAAUAUGAGCGUGAGAAGGAGAAGAACAAGACCCUGAGGAACACCGUCACCUGGUUGGAGAACGAGCUCAACCGCUGGAGGAAUGGUGAAAGUGUGCCAGUGGAGGAGCAGUUUGACAAGGAGAAGGCCAACGCCGAGGUGCAGGCCCUGGACAACAUCAUCAACGAAAAGCAGGCCUCCACGCCCAACGUGCCGGGCGUCCGCCUCACCGACGUGGAGAAAGACAAGUGCGAGCUUGAGCUGGCCAAACUUUACAAACAGCUGGAUGAUAAGGACGAGGAAAUCAACCAGCAGAGCCAGCUGGCCGAGAAGCUGAAGCAACAGAUGCUGGACCAGGAUGAGCUUCUAGCAUCCUCCCGCCGCGAUCACGAGAACCUCCAGGCCGAGCUGAACCGUCUGCAGGCGGAGAACGAGGCCUCCAAAGACGAGGUGAAGGAGGUGCUGCAGGCUCUGGAGGAGCUCGCCGUCAACUACGACCAGAAGAGCCAGGAGGUGGAGGAUAAGACCAAGGAGUUCGAGGCCAUCAGCGAGGAGCUUAGCCAGAAAUCGUCCAUCCUGUCGUCUCUGGACUCUGAGCUCCAGAAGCUGAAGGAGAUGUCCAACCACCAGAAGAAGAGGGUGACCGAGAUGAUGGGUUCACUGCUCAAAGACCUCGCCGAGAUUGGCAUCGCUGUGGGCAGCAAUGACAUCAAGCAACACGAGGGCAGUGGCCUGAUAGACGAGGAGUUCACCGUCGCUCGUCUCUACAUCAGUAAGAUGAAGUCGGAGGUGAAGACCAUGGCGAAGCGCUGCAAGCAGCUGGAGGGAACCCAGUCAGAGAGCAACAAGAAGAUGGACGAGAACGAGAAGGAGCUGGCCGCCUGCCAGCUGCGCAUCUCCCAGCACGAGGCUAAAAUCAAGUCCCUGACCGAGUACCUGCAGAACGUGGAGCAGAAGAAGAGGCACCUGGAGGAGAACGUGGACUCUCUCAAUGAGGAACUCGUCAAAAUCAGCGCUCAGGAGAAAGUCCAUGCUAUGGAGAAAGAGAGCGAGAUCCAGACUGCCAAUGAAGUCAAGGAAGCGGUGGAUAAGCAGAUCCACUCCCACCGUGAAGCUCAUCAGAAGCAGAUCAGCAGCCUGAGAGAUGAGCUGGAACACAAGGAGAAACUCAUCACUGAGCUGCAGGAUCUGAACCAGAAGAUCAUGCUGGAGCAGGAGAGGCUCAGAGUGGAGCACGAGAAACUCAAAUCCACCGACCAGGAGAAGAGCCGCAAGCUGCACGAGCUUACGGUGAUGCAGGACAGACGGGAGCAGGCCAGACAGGACCUGAAGGGUCUGGAGGAGACGGUGGCCAAGGAGCUGCAGACCCUGCACAAUUUGAGGAAGCUCUUUGUCCAGGACUUGGCUACCAGAGUGAAAAAGAGCGCUGAGAUGGACUCAGACGACACAGGCGGCAGCGCAGCACAGAAACAGAAAAUUUCCUUUCUUGAGAACAAUCUUGAGCAGCUCACCAAAGUUCACAAACAGCUGGUACGUGAUAAUGCAGACCUGCGCUGUGAACUUCCUAAACUGGAAAAACGUCUUCGCGCUACAGCUGAGCGGGUCAAGGCCCUUGAGUCUGCUCUGAAGGAGGCAAAGGAGAACGCGGCCCGCGACCGCAAGCGCUACCAACAAGAAGUGGACCGCAUCAAGGAGGCCGUCAGGGCCAAGAACAUGGCCAGGAGGGGACACUCGGCCCAAAUCGCCAAGCCUAUCCGACCCGGGCAGCAGCCAGUGGCGUCCCCCACCCACCCAAACAUCAACCGCAGCGGAGGAGGCUUCUACCAGAACAGCCAGACGGUGUCCAUCAGGGGGGGAAGCACCAGCAGCAGCAGCGGCGUCGUCGGCAAGCCCGACAAGAUCUGAAGAGCAGCGGGUCGGAAGGACGACACCACUGAGGAAGCCGAUAUCACCCCCCCGCCCGACCCGACAACCUGUCAUUCCGUAACAGCGAAACAGGCUCCUUUUGUCGCUGCUGUGGAGCCCCGAAGGAGUUUCUGAAUUAUAAAUAUAUAUAUAUAAAUAUUCCUGGCCUGUACAGCUCCAGCCCACACACAUACCUCCACCCACUCCC